GGUCCGCGCUGGCGUACUCGGCGUACAUCUUCCCGGAGGAAUGGGUCGACAGCACCUUCCACCGCUGCUACGUCCCCGCGGCCGUGUUUAACUCCGUCGUCAGCACCAGCCUGUCCUGCUACUCCAGCCUCGUGGACACCCCUCUGCUGCUGCAGUUCUACCUGUGUGCGGUGCAGAGCUGCACGGAGGCUGCUGUCCCCGUCCACUACAAGCACACCGUCUUCGCCUUCCUCACCUGCUUCAUCUUCGCCAGCCACCUGCCAGAGAGGCUUUCGCCCGGGCACCUAUAUCGUGCUUUUGGCGUUGUUGCAGGGCACAGCCACCAAGUCUUCCACGUCUGCGGGAUCCUCGGCACGUACUUCCAGCUGGAGGCCAUCACCGUGGACAUGGCCGAGCGCCGCGGCCACCUCCUGUCCCCCUCAUCACCUCCCUCCCCGCUGCAGACGCUGGGCUCCAUGGGCAUAGGUGUGGCCACGAGCCUGGCCGUCAUCGGGCUCUGUGCUGCGUCCCUGCGCUUCAUGCCCGAGCCUCUGCAGAGAGAAAAACCACAUGGGCAGUAG